AUGUAUUGUUCCAGCUGGUUUACAGCUCUUAUGAUGGCUCUACUUGCUACCAUGUCAGCUUGUUUAUCUGAGAGCCGGGUUGCGAGAAAAGACCUUGGAGGCAUAGGGCUUGGGGUUGGUGCAGGGAUAGGGCUUGGUUUGGGAGGAUGUGGUGGUGGUUCAGGAUCAGGAGCCGGGGCUUGUUCCGGUUCGGGGUCUUGGGGUUCGAGUUCAAGUUCUUCAUCGAGUUCUGCCUCUUCAUCAAGUUCAUCUGGAGGGUCCAAUGCAGGUUCUGAAGAUGAUUCAUAUGCAGGGUCUCGAGCCGGCUCUGGUGCAGCUUCUGAAAUAUAUAUAUAUAUAUGA